AUGCUCGUCCCAUCACUAUUGUUUCUCGUUGCGGUCGCUUAUGCUAAUGAAGAUGAAGAUUUAGCGCCAUCAAGCGGAGCGAUCCUAAUUGAAAUCCCAGACUAUGCGCCAGAGGUUGUAGGUAAUGGUGCUAAGCGAGCAGUUAUGCCGUACUCCGGAGGGAUGUACGGAAAACGCGCCGUGAUGCCUUUCUCAGGCGGUCUUUACGGCAAACGAGCAACCAUGCCAGCCUCAGGAGGAAUUUACGGCAAACGAUCCGUUGAAGUGCCUGACGACGUGUAUGUUGAACGGCAAGAAUCGCCAUUUUAUGGAGGUUGGCAAGAGAAACGUGCCGUGAUGCCGUUUUCCGGUGGACUCUAUGGUAAACGGGCGGCAAUGCCAUUCUCUGGUGGUCUCUACGGUAAGCGGGUGGCGAUGCCGUUCUCAGGCGGGCUAUAUGGCAAACGAUCCGACCGAUUUAUUCGAUCGCCAAUGCCAAUAUCAGGCGGAUUUUUCGGCUAG